GGCGAGCGCGCUCCAGCUGCUGUCGCUGGAGAAGGGAGUGACCGAAGGAGCCGGAGAGCGAAGGGACAGGAUGGCUCAGACGCCUCUGCUCUCGGGACCCCGCGGCAGAGAGAGGCGCUAGACCACCGCUAGUCGUAGGAUAAUGGCCAGGGCUGAGUGGUCCCCCAAGAAGCCCUGAAGUCCCUGCGCCAUCUCCCAGAAGUUAGCAUCGCUGGGACUUGGAAGCUCCGAUCUCAGCAAAGCACCCCCGUGAUGGCUGGCGACUCCAGGAAUGCUAUGCACCAGGACAUGGAGAUCGGAGUGGCUCCGUGGGACCCCAGGAAGGUCCCCAAGCAGGCGCGCGACUUCGCGCCGGUGGCCACGGACCGCACGCGCCUGCUGGUGGACGGCAAGAGGCCGCGGCAGCGCUACAUGGAAAAGAGCGGCAAGUGUAACGUGCACCACGGCAACGUGCGCGAGACCUACCGCUACCUGAGCGACCUCUUCACCACGCUGGUGGACCUCAAGUGGCGCUUCAACCUGCUGGUCUUCACCAUGGUCUACACCACCACCUGGCUGCUCUUUGGCUUCAUCUGGUGGCUCAUCGCCUACAUCCGCGGCGACCUGGACCAUGUGGGCGACCAGGACUGGAUCCCCUGCGUGGAGAACCUCAGCGGCUUCGUGUCCGCCUUCCUCUUCUCCAUCGAGACGGAGACGACCAUCGGGUACGGCUUCCGCGUCAUCACCGAGAAGUGCCCCGAGGGCAUCGUGCUGCUGCUGGUGCAGGCCAUCCUGGGCUCCAUCGUCAACGCCUUCAUGGUGGGCUGCAUGUUCGUGAAGAUCAGCCAGCCCAAGAAGAGGGCCGAGACCCUCAUGUUCUCCAACCACGCGGUCAUCUCCCUGCGCGACGACAAGCUGUGCCUCAUGUUCCGCGUGGGCGACCUGCGCAACUCGCACAUCGUGGAGGCCUCCAUCCGCGCCAAGCUCAUCAAGUCGCGGCAGACCAGGGAGGGCGAGUUCAUCCCGCUCAACCAGACCGACAUCAACGUGGGCUUCGACACGGGCGACGACCGCCUGUUCCUGGUGUCGCCCCUUAUUAUCUCCCACGAGAUCAAUGAGAAGAGCCCCUUCUGGGAGAUGUCUCGGGCUCAGCUGGACCAGGAGGAGUUUGAAGUCGUGGUCAUCCUGGAAGGCAUGGUGGAAGCGACAGGCAUGACUUGCCAAGCAAGGAGCUCGUACAUGGAUACAGAGGUGCUCUGGGGCCACCGAUUUACACCAGUCCUCACCUUGGAAAAGGGUUUCUAUGAGGUGGACUACAACACCUUCCAUGACACCUAUGAGACCAACACACCCAGCUGCUGUGCCAAGGAGCUGGCAGAAAUGAAGCGGGAAGGCCGGCUCCUCCAGUACCUGCCUAGUACCCCCCUGCCAGGGGACUGUGCUGAACCAGACCCAGAUGCAGAAACUGAGCAGGAGGGAGAGGAUAAGCCCAAGGGGCUGAGUGAGUCCCAGGAGUCCAGCGGCCCGGUGUGAGAGCUGCACUCUCAACCUCCCCUCACGGGCUUCUGUGAACACAAACCUUGCAGGGGGUUUGGGGGUGGGGUAAGAUAGCAAGUGUGCUGUUUAAGGGCUGUUUGGGGAGCAACAAUAUAUCCAGCCCUCCCAGCUGCGGGCUCAGGGCCUCCCUGAGGUCAGGACAGGUUUCCCCAAGGUGAACGUCAUAGGCUGGUGUCUGUCCUGUCUCUGCCAACUGGCACUGGAUCACUUCCUUCUUUGGCUCUCAUAGUCCCCUCUAGGGGCUGACACCUAGAGAGGGCUGUCACACCCUUCCUUAUUCCCACCACCUCAGGGCCUGUCCUGGAGUCAGAAAGGAGCAAUUCAGCCUAAAGGAAGCACAGCCCUCUGGGGUUAAGGUUCAUUCAAGUCAGCAGGCUUAAUUCCUUAUAAACCAGACCCCAAUGAUCAAUUAUUGAGCACUACAGGAUCUACAAUCCCAGUGAUCUCUAUAUCUGUGAAAUGGUUCCCUGUGCUGUGUUCUGCAAAUCCAAUGUAGCCUGUCAAUUAUCAGUCUUAGCAUGAAUCUCAGAAGGUGGCCUGGGGCCACAGAGCCUGCUGAGCACAAGCUUGGUGUCAGCCAGUCCCUGACAGCCCCACUCUCACUGUGUCCUGCACAUCCCACCAAAGGGAGAGCCCUGGCAGCUGGACCUUUUCUAGGACUUUACUGGCCCAAGCCCUUCAAAGUGCUUCUAACUUUCACCAUCGUGUUCUGUCACAGUCUCAGAGACCCUGUACUGUGGCCUAGGGAGAAAGCUGAGUUGCAGAGGGCAAGACAAGUCAAUGGCUCUGAGACAGGGAGGGCAGAGGGAAAGCCAGGAAGAUGUCAAAGUAAGCAUCUGCUCCAGUUGUUGCCAAGAUGCUCUGCUUCAGAGCUCAGCAUGCCUUUACUAUCAAGGCAAAUAAUGGGAUGUGAAUCAAAAGUGACAGGUGACUGCAAUGGCAGCCUUACUGUCAAGCUCAAGUUGAACAAACCCUGGGGUGGGUACUGAGAAUCCCCUGGGCACCCCUCCUGCAGCCAGGACUCCAACAGGGUGGACUGGGCAGAGAGGGCAGGAUGACACCCAGGGAAGGGAAGGAUCUGGUUGCCUACCCCAUCCUGGAAACACAGGGGUAAGGGGAGUCAGCAGGAAAAUUGGCAGGGGAGUGAUAAGAGAAACAUAGAAGACAAUCCUAAAAUCAGCAACUGCAGAGCCUUUGCUUUUAUAAUCUGGAGCCCAGGAGGAGUGCAGGAGGGCAGACAGUGCAGAUGGUGGGGGGUAGAGUGUGUGCUGGGACUUGGAGAAAGAAUUCAGGUGUUCCCAGGUACAGAAUUAUGUGGGCCUCACACAUGCAAUUUUCACAGCUAUCAAUUGGCCUUUGAAAAUGGAGGCAUAUCCCUGCCCUAGACACAAGAGUGCUUUGCCAGUAGGGGAAGCAGAAAGUUAGGGCAAUGGGGAGGCUUUGGGUGUCAGGCCCCCUCCCCUCAGGGUGGUGGGAGAGGCGGGAGACAGCCCCAGCUAGGCAACUGCCCCUAGUGGGUUGCCCACUGUGGGGACUAAGGGGGUCCUUGUUCUUGGCUCCUGGGCUGAACCUUCAGAGGUGGGGCCACAGAAGCAGUGGGCAAGCAGGGUCUUCCUAGCAGGGGCAGGACAGGCACUAUGGUUCCAGGCAUCCUUGUAGGUGAAACAGGCCUUGGAGGGAAGGGGAGUGGGUUGGCAUCCCCCUCACGGGGGAAAGGGAAACAGACAGCACCCCAGGGGGUGCAAUCAGGAGUCUGAGGCAGAGAGCCAGUGCUGGGCCUGGGUGCCUCGGGGUAGGGGCUACAGACGGAGCACUCAGGUUCUAAACCCCAGGGUCACUAGUAGCAAAACCAUGUGGACACCCCAUUCCCCUACCCCCAAUUGGGUCUAAAGCCUGUCUUAGAACCAUUCAGGGCUGAAGGGUUAUACCCGGAGGGUGGCAGCUAAGCAAGAACGAGAAGGCACCACAGGAAGCUGGCCUCACACCCACCUCCACUUACGACUCAGAAGCAUCCCCACUGGCCAGGGAUCUGCUUGCAGCUCUCUGACUCAGCCAGUGGCCUCUGUGAGCCAAAUCACAUCUCUCAGCCUGCUGCGGAAGCCACAGAAGCUACUGAAGAGAAGAAACCAGUACGGUUCUCAUCUAAAGCUCCCUGACAGGCCGCAGCCAAAAUAUACCAGAUUAAUAAAACGCGAAUUCCAGUGUGCCUCUUCUGCUUUCCAUCCUGGAGACUCAAACGCCAGAAGACAGCCCUUCAGAUCCCAAGGAAAUCCCUUUCUUAGUGACCAGUUGAUCCAACUAAAAGUUGACAAAUUCUUCAGAUCACUUAGUGGGAGUUCUUGAAUAAAUAUAAACUUAUUCAAAGUCUGAUGAUGGACAGAGCUUCAAGGGUCACUUUCAGUAAUUGUUCCUGUAUAAAAACCAUUCGCAGGCAGCAGUGACCUCUUCCGACAGGCCAUGGAGAGCUGAGCCUGGCUGCAUUGGGCGGUCACUGGUAACUCCCAUAGUCAGCAUCUCCAGUGUCCCAAAGCAGUCUCAGACCCUGAAAGUUUGGGGAGCUGACUUCCUGCCUUAAUGUUCACAUCUUUCCUCUCUGGAAAGACACCUGUAAGGGAGAAGGCUCAAGGAAUUAAGAAGACGGACGUUCCCACUAGUCCUCCUCUCUCCACCAGUCUGGCACCUGACAGGUGUGGUUGCCAUCACCCAGGGCAGAAUAUGCAGGGCCCAUGGCUCUCCCCUGCAGACGGUGCCCCUGUCGGGCUCCUAGACAGCCAGAGAACUCACUGCCGCUGCUUCAAUAUCCCAGCUCGAGCACUUAUUGUGAUGGAGGAGAGGUGCCAGGUCAGUCUAGGGAGCUCCUUCCCUGCUCAGAGUCUGUAACCACGGCACCCUCUGUCACACUCCCUGUCCCAUGGCUUGUCUCCCAGACCACCUCAGCCUGUGUCCCCUGUGAGGUGAGAGCCAGAGAAACUUAGAUUGCUUGCACUGAAGUCGCCGAAACCCCAAAGUUACCCAAUGUCUUUUAGAACUAUGCCCAGCAAAUGCCUUCACCAGCCUAGCAGUAACCCACCUGCUGGCACCUGUGGUGUGAACCACCUGCUGGGCACCUGCCGUGUGCCUGUGGGCAGAUUGGGGACAACCAGGCUGGUCAGUCUGCUCAAGGCCACAUGUAGUAUAUAAGAGGAAAGACUUUGGGGCCAAGCACCUCCCAAACGGGCCUCCUCCUAUGGCGCUCUGGUGUCCGUGGCCCCCGGAGCCCUGGGAUCAUGUGCCUGCCACAGAGCCUCAGCUGCCACCCACAGCCACGAGCUCCAGCAGCAGGAUAAGGGGCAAACACCUUUUGCUGAUUUCCAGAAAACUAGUGAGCUGUGAAAAAGGAUUAGACGUACUUCCGGGGAGAAGCCCGUGACACUGUCCUGGCUGCUUUCUGCUAACGACAUCUCCUCCCACGCCUGUGUUAAAUCCCCUUCUCCCUGUAGGAUUUGCCAGUCUUCUUAUGAUAAAGAACAUCACUGCACUGCUGA